GUGGCCGACGGCGCCGCGAGGAGAUCCCAUGGAUGAUCGAGGACUUGGACGCCAUCGAGCCGGCACCGCUAGAAUCGCAAAGAACGCCGACGAAGCUCUGUAACUGUGGGGAAGUCGAAUUUACCGCUUAUAAAGAACGCGGCUCUUUCCUCAGAGUACGCAGCACCGAGGUGACAUGGAGCACCAGCGGCUAUUUGUCACCCGACGAAGCAAUCUGGGAUCUGAGGAGGCGCACCAGCGAAGGUACAGAGUUCCGCUGGGAGCUCCAUACCUCGACCACCGACUUAGAUAUCGCCAGGAAAACGAAGUGCAGCUGCCACAGUUUGACGCCAGGACAGAAGAAGUCGGAGGGCGUGCAUCGCGGCGAUCUCAGGAAGCACCACAGUGCGGAGGGGGACAAGUGGUCGGUGGAAAAUCUGCUGACACCGAUGCACGACUUGAGGAAGCACAGCAGCGACGACACCAGAUUCGCGAGAGAGGCCAAAUGGUUACAGGUGCCGGACGUAAUGCCAAAUCCAAAACCCAGGUGCACUUGUCCCAAAGUGAAGACACCGCCGCCCGCGUCACCAGUGGAAGUGAAGAAAGAGCCACAGGAGAAAGAGCCGGAAAAGCCGCCGCAGAAGCCGCCGCAGAAGGAGGAAAAGAAACUGCAUUACUCGAAAUCGCUAACACCCGAAGAACCGGCCGUGACAUGGGAGAAACCGGAGGUAAAGAGGCAAGCUAGCGAGGAUCCGAGAGCCGCCAGAGGAAAGAAGGAUCGACCCAAAUUGGAGCGCUCCGCUCAGGUGAGGAGCGAAAGUUCGAGAAAAUGGGGCUUCAGUCACAAAGAGAAAAAAGAUAAAGAAAAAGAAAAGGUCAGUCCGGUAGCGACUAAGAAGUCCUUACGAGCAAGGUGGGCUAUGAAACAGCACGUCUCUUUGCCCGCCGAGAAAAAGGUGUCGAAGUGGUACAGAAGCAUGGAUGAACCCAAAAGUAAGAGUCUACGCGAACGGCCCAAGUACAGCAUACGCAGGAGCAUGUCGCCGGAGCCAGAUCCACGGCAGAUGAGCAAGCUGGAGAACAGAAUUGUACGGCGUCUGAUUUCGCCAGAGAUCAGCAUCACCAGCACCAAGUGGGCACCAUACGAGGACUCGUCGCCACUACCGACGAUCGGAAUGAAGAAGCGUGAUAAGCAAAAGCACAUCAGCGAUAUCAAGUGGACACCGUACGAUGAGUCACCGAGCGACAUCCCGGUCGAGGUAAUCGACGACAAAAAGUGGUCACCCUUCGAAAAUGUCACGCCUACGCACUGUCCGCCUCUGGAACCGGUGACGCCCAGCAAAAGCGACGACGAGGAAUUCCGGUGGAAGAUUCUCAAUCAGAUCGCGCCGUUCCCGCUCUAUCAGGGUGGCUGGAAGGACGAAUCGCCGGAGAAGACACCGCCGAAGAAGAUCAUGACCACGUCGGAUGAUGACUUGUCGUCGCCGGUCUGGUCACCGAGGGUGCCCACCACGCCCACCGCCAAGCGGAAAAGUAUCAUAAAGCCGGAAUACUCGCCGGAGUAUGUCUCGCCGGUGCGCAGGUCUGGCAAGUCCAAGCUCGUCCGGAAGGGUGCGUUCCGGAAGGGAGGACGGUCAUCACUCCCCUGGAGUCCUUUGGAGGACAAACUGCCCCCCCAGGCCGGCCCUCCCCCGCCGACGGUAAUAGUACGCGCUGCUAGCGAGGAGACUAAACGACAGAGGCCCCAGCUGACCAGAUCCACGGCCCUGCUGGACGUGCCGAAGCAUAUAGACGCAACGAAAAGAUCAUUGAGCGAAGAGGGGCCGCGCAUGCAUCCUCGCGAACGUCCCAAACCACCCGGUAGAACUCGCAGCGAGGAAGUGUCCAAGUACGACGAUCCUUGGGUCAAGGCCGAAUCUUCCGAGCUGCUUGUUCGGAGAGGGAGGCGUUCCGUAACACACGGCGGCUCGGUUGUCCUCGCAAGGGCCUCAAGAAGAGCAUAAUCUUCGAAACCACCUAAAAGACGAGACGGCAGGGCGCAACUAGUCGAGAUGAAGGUUUACGGGGUCAAACCAGAGAGGCAGGGAGGAAGAUUCUAACCUACACGAUCGCGCUCGCACGGGCGCCGAAAACUUCGUUGGCCUACACGAAGACUACAAUGGAAAAUACCAAAAAAAAAAAGAAGAAAAGAAAACGAAGUAACUUCGAAUUCCUUUUUCGGCAUGCGACGGUCAUUUUCACAGGAAAGGCGAAUCGGAAGUUCCCAGGAACGAGUGGAAGUCGAGGCGAGGGUUUAAGGACUGAUUAUUAUUAUUAAAUUAGCGUUAAUAUAUACGUGUGCGUUUCGCGUCGCGCUCGUGGAGAAACGGAGGUGCUCCUCCUCGGAGCGCGGCGCCUGAAUGUUUUUCAGCUCAAAACGAGAGAAACGUAGGAUCGCGCCCGACCGAACGGACACCCGGGCAGAGAAUCACGAAACUCUGCACGGGGUGCAGAGUGGAGACAGUAGAGAUACCAGGGGUGCCGUCCGGCGGGCGCGAACGAGACGAUUCACGGUAGGGCGUUGAUUGAUAGUUAUAUAACGUAAUUAGUAACGUAAUGCUAAAACGAUUAAAGUACCGAUUAGAGAAUAAUAAUAAUAAUAAUAAUGACAUGAAUCUCUAUAGCGUAAGUGUGAUUUCGCGUGAUUCCGCGGAAGAGAGAAUGCUCUGCCGCGAAGGAUGAGAAAGCUCGAAGAUCACACACACACACACACACACACACACACACACACACACACACACACACACACACACACACACAUCCACACCCACAAACACACACACACACACACACACAGAGUGCGUCCGACGUGGAUCGAGCGAUCUGCCUCAAUCGCGUGGACGCGCGCAGACAAGUAAUGCAUAAGCAUAAUAUAAAUUUGUAUAUGUACGUACCCCGUACGUAUACGCGUUACUAUAUAAUAUUUGUAAGUCGCGUUCGAGCGACAAGUACAUAAGAAAGAGAGGAGAUAGAGGGAAAAAUUGAAGGGAGGAAGGAUAAAAAUAAAAAAAGGAAAUUGCGGAGAUGCGAUUCGCGAGCGCAUCGUGAUCAGGGGAUUGGCCUCGUUCCAGGGGCAAUGCGGAUCCCCUCAAGGGUGAUUUCGCUCGAUCGAGAAAUUGUCGGGGCUCGACGAGAUUACGACUCUUCGUUACACGUUCAUAUCUGUCUCUUUUUUUUUUUGUUCCUGUUCUUUCUUUUCGUGCGUUACAUAUCGGCGUGGCGAGAUCGUUGGAUCGCGCGCGAAUUGCGCGCUUUGAUCCAGAUUCGCGGCGAUCGAUUUCGUUCGUUGUUCGGGGCGACGAUCCGGCGGUCGUGACGUGGAAAAAAAAGAAGGAGAAAAACGAACGCCGCUGGGCUACGUAGCCCCCCCCCCCGUGUGCCGGUGCGUGCAAUAUUAAUUAAGGAUUCGAAGCGUCGGUGGACAACCGCGUGAAUAUACGGGGUACUAAAGGGACAGGGAGAGAAAAAAAAAUCACAAGGUGGAGAAGACCGACAGGGUGUGUUCACGGGGGAGAAGGGGAGGGGGGCGACCGAGCUGAUCGCGUAUACUGGAUCGUUUCUCUUCCCUUCGUCCUCGACAUGUAUAGUUCGUUUUCGUGCGUGCUACUCGCUCUUCAUUUUUUGCGCUCGCGCGUGAAGGACGUUUCGUCGCUCUCGCCUUCGACACGGGACACUCCCCGCAAGUUUCCCCCGUCGCUCUACUCACACGCCACUCCCCCCCCCCCUCCUGCCGCCGCCCAUCCUUUGCGUCCGUGAUCUUUUCUAUAUUGUGCGUGUGUGAACGCGAUAUGGCUCAGUGUUCUGCGCGCGGCUGAUAUUAACUGUGUAUAGCAUAAUGCAUAGGGGAAUUCUCUAUAGGUACGUCGUCCAUGAGCGGGCACCGUUAACGGGGAGGCCGCCCCCGCGCGUAUUAAGGGCGCAUUAGUCGCGCUCGAGUGCGCUCGAGUGACGACGCUGAUUAGAAGACCACCACCACCACCACCACCACCACUACCACUACCACACUAUCACCACCCAGGCCACCUUCCUCCCCUCGUUGACGAACACGUCCGAUCUCGUGUUGCGCGAACGACCGUCGUUUAGCUGAUAAUUCUUUUUUUAGGAUAACUUCGCGUGUAAUUAGCGCGAAGCCGCGUGAACGCUCAUGCCCAGUUAGCUUAUUUCGUCUAAGCACCUUGCCGCUCUUUCUCUCUCGAUGCACCCUCUCGACACGCGCCUCAACCCCCUCAACCCCCUCCGGCAGCUUUCGUCCCCUUCUAGUCUCAUCGAUCGUAGUACGUAGGAACGUUCGUUCCCGGAACGCAAUCGAUGACGAGCGAUUAGUGAUAUUAUGAUUAGCGAUAUGAUAGAAGUUAAUUCGAGUUAACUCGUAUAGCGAAAUUGUUCACGGCAAGAGCCGUUAGGUUCGCGUUUGCUCUUGUACUCCGUUCGCCUCAUCUCGCCUCCUUUCGAACGUCACGAGAUCGAGCGUAAUCGUCAAGCGAACUGGGACGUGUCCCCGUGCGUUUCCCCCGAGGACGAAGCGUUGCUGCGUAAGAAUUUAAUGUUCAUUAAAGAAAAAAUUGCCGUGGUAGUUGCGUUCUAGGUUUACUAACGAAGCUCUUCAACUGCAAGAAUUCUCUCGGACCGUAAGGAUGAUAAUCCGAGAUGAUGGCCGUACUAUUAUUACUGUUAUUAUUAUUUCGUGACAAAAUCGAUAUCGUACAGCCGCGAUUCUUGUUUCGUAAUGGGAAACGCACGGGAUCGCGAAAGAGAAAGAGAGAAAACACGACGCAUUCGAGCGAACGCGAAAAAGCCGGUGGAAGAAGAGGGGGUGACGUGCGGCCGCUGCAAUCUGCAGAAGCCGUCGCGAGCACCCCCCGUAUUAACAUCCCUCCCCCCUCCCCUAUGUGGGUAAGGGGGUAAAUGCGAGAGAAGCUAAGUGUGUAACGACGCCGAGGAGGCCGGGGCGUCGCGUCGCGUCGCGUGGCUGCCGCUUGCAUUGUACGCGUACGUGUGUACACGCAUUAUACGCUACAUAGCCGAUUCGUUUCUCCACAAAUUACACACGUAUACAUAUAAAAAAUAUAUAUAUAUAUAUAAAAUAUAAAUAUAUAUAAUAUAUAUAUAGUUUUCUCCCUUCUCGUAGCGCAUACACAUAGCAAUUUAUUACAUCAUUGCGUACUGUACGAUAUUAUACAUAGCAUAAAAGGUUGAAAAAGAAGAAACGAAACUACGUCGUGUACCCCACUAUCCACCAAAGGGACGCGCGCACGGCCGUCGGCGGAUAGUCGUAUAUACAAAUACAUAUACAUAUUAUGUACGACACGGACACGCGUUCGUUCGAAUAAUGAAGCGGGAUGAUUUAGGGCACGUAUGUGCGCUGAGAGGACGCUAUUACAGUAUAAAAACAAACCUGUAUCCGUGCUGCCAUUAGCAUUAAAGCGGGAGAACGAAGGUGCAGUGAGGUGUGAGGACAAGCCAAAGUAUAUAGUUAACGAAAAAAAUACACACGAAUUUAUGUCCACGAGAAGACGUACACACUUAUACGUAUGGAGAGUGAGAGAGAGGGAGAGAGAGAGAGAAAAUGAGAAAAUGAGAGAGAGAGAAAGGGAGAGGAAAAUGAGAGCGCGAGAGCGAGAAAGAGAGAGAGAGAAAGAGAAAAUGAUAUAUCUGUAUACAAGCGCACGCAUACUCGCAUACAUACGCUUGGUUGCGUAAAUCCGUGUAAACAAUAAAAAUAUGGCGAACGAGAGAGAGACUUUCGCAAGCGCCUCUUCUUUUGCUUUCUACGCAAAGCAGAAGAAAAAAGACAGGCAAAAUGGACUUGGAUUUGGCAAAUCAUUUUUUCUUCGCCUCAAAAGCUGCGUUUUCAAUGGAAAAACAAAAAAAAAAUUUCUCGUGACCCUUCGAAAUUCGAAUUCACUUGCGUAAAGAAAUUACGAAAGGAAAUCGCGUCACCGUCGAAGCGUUACGAGUUAAAAAUUAUUAGAAACAGACGAACGGUUCACCACGCGCGAUUCUUUACGCUCGCUUGUAUUUUCCUUGAGCUUACACGUAUACGGAGUUUCGCGAUUAAGUAUGCAAAUACCAAUCGACGACAGUUGAUAGGCAUUUUAAUCCCCUCCCCCUACCCCGGGGUGAAUUCGUUUUCUGCGGCGCAUAUGAGAAUAAGUUUAGGGAUCUCUUCAUGUUGAAUAAUUAGCAGUCUCAUCCUAUGUAUCGUAUAAUCGAGAGAUCAAGCGGCCGUGAGCAGUACGAUAUUUAGCAGUUAAAAGACACCAGAAAACUAUAUAAAGUCGAAUAAGCGGAACCUGAGUUAAUUGUACGAUAAUUCGUAGCAUGUACUGUAUUUCGGAUUAGGUGAUCGAUCUGUUGUCUGAGUUCCCGUGCUAUAUUGUUACGUUUGCGCGCCUAUUAGUAUCAUUCCUCUUCUUCUCUCACACACGACAUUAUUAGCAUAUUUAUUAAGAUUAUUGUAAGUAUGUGCUCUCUAACGCGAUAUUACAUUAUGAUAAUGUGAGACUUGUUUCUAGUCCGGUUCUCCAAAUCUCGUUAAUUAUUCUGUCGGUACUCGGUACUCAAUUCCCCCGUCCCUUCCUCCUCCCCCCCCCUCCCUCUCCCCCCUUGUUCCCAAUCGUAAUGAUUUGUCAAACGGUACGACGCGUCGCGAGAUGCGUAGAUCUCGCGUAUAGAAAGGUGCAUCCUCUGUGCAACAAAUACAGUAUACAAUCCGUAAAUAUGAGGUCAAUGUUGAUUUGUUUAAAUAAAUGUAAGUUUGAAAACCCA